UGUCAAUGUCAUGUCAAGUGCUGUCAACUGUCAAUCACUGUCAGUGUCAUCAAGACCGUCACCGGUCACAACACAAGUGUAAAAAAAAAUAUUGUUUUGAUUUUAAGAAAACAUAGCACAGAACGUUUUUGUAAAAUAUAUAUAUAUUCUACGGACUAGUGUUAGUAGUUAUAGUGAGUAAAUAAGUCGAUAACAAACCCAGAAGAAAAACAUCCAGGUUAUAAAAUUAAAAUCACUUCAAUUGUUUAUUAAUUAUAUACCUACUAAAUAAAAUAAAUGUUGAAAAUGAGUCAAAAGACUUUAACAUUUGUCACUGGUAAUGUAAAAAAAUUAGAAGAGGUGAAAGCUAUAUUGGGCCAUGAUUUCCCAUUUGAAGUGAUAAAUCAUAAGCUAGAUUUACCUGAGUUACAAGGUGAAAUAGAUGAUGUUUCUAUAAAGAAAUGUCAGGAAGCGGCCAGACUUUUAAAAAGACCUGUAUUUAUUGAAGACACAAGUCUAUGUUUCAAUGCUCUGGGUGGAUUGCCAGGACCAUAUAUUAAAUGGUUUUUAGACAAAAUAAAACCUGAAGGCUUACAUAAAAUGCUUGAUGGAUGGGACGAUAAAUCUGCCGAAGCGGUUUGUACAUUCGCAUAUUGCUCUGGUUCUAAUGAUAGUUCACAAGUUAUCAUUUUUCAAGGUAUCACAAAAGGUACAAUCGUGUCUCCAAAAGGUUGUAGAGACUUUGGUUGGGACUGUGUUUUUCAACCUGAUGGAUAUGAUAAAACUUAUGGUGAGUUGCAGAAAGAGGAAAAAAACAAAAUAUCUCAUAGAUUUAAAGCAUUAGAUAAAUUAAGGAAUUAUUUUAUACAAAAUGAACUUUAAUUUUGCUUAUAUAAUUUUAUUUGUCACUCAAAAUAAAAACUUUGCAAUAUCCUUUAAAUAAACUAGUAUUUCAAUAUUGUUUUAAAAUUUAAUUUAAACAGUACCUAAUCUAAAAAGCUUAUUUCACAGUUUUCAUCUUGUUUGAAACUGUAAUUAAGAUUUUAGUUGUUCUUUAGAUAUGUACUUUUAUAUAUUCUGUUGGUAUUUAUGAAUAAAACAACUGUAAAGUGAUUAA